GUGUGUGUGUCUGGUAGUGAAAGAGGAAGGCAGAGCAACAAGCCCUGAAGGUUAGAGGUUAGAGAGAGCGUCUAUCAGUCUGGGUAAGAAAAUGGAAAAUUAGAAAGCUGGCUUUCCAACAGCGAGAACCAAAUAUCAAACGAGAGGCUGGACAGCUGCCUGACCUGUGCUCCCAGUCGAGAGGAUACGCAGUGAAGACCAAAAGGCUCGCCUGCAGUGACAAGUAAAAGCCGAGAAAGAGAGAGAGCUGGCACUUGGGAGCAGAACAAAAAGCAGAUCUGGAGAGGAGCCGUGAUGGAGAAGCUGCCUGUGUACCACGGCCCCAUCGGCAAGGAGGAGGGGGAGAGGCGGCUGGCCCAGGACGGGCGGGAUGGGUGCUACCUAAUCCGCAACAGUGACUCUGUGCCGGGCGUCUACUGUCUGUGUGUGCUGUACAACGGAUACGUCUACACGUACCGACUCCACAAGGACGACGCGGGAUCUUGGGCCGCUGAAACCACUCCUGGUGUGCAGAAACGAUAUUUCCGGCAAAUCAAGAACUUGAUAGUAGCUUUCCAGAAGCCGGGACAGGGAAUUGCCAUGCCUCUGCUCUACCCUGUGACAGCAGCUCAGAGACGGGCACAAACACACACAGAGGAGGCCCAGACGGCCAGUAAUAGCCUGUCACCGACACACAGCAGCCCUGACGCUUACUUCCAGCAGCGGCCGCCUCAUGCAGCUCAGGGACACACCAACAGGAACAAAAAGGAGGUGCGCCAAGCGUUGGGUUAACCUCAAACUCCCCACUGACCUAAUUACAAACAUAAAAACUUGAUGCACAACGUUUGCACGCUGAAUGUGAAGUAAAUGUAAUUUUGUUCUCCAAUUAAACAGCUGCAGCUUGUUACAUCAUGUCAGUUAGGUUCUAGCUGCGACUCAGAUCUCGGUAUCCUUCCAGCAUCUCUCUGUUUUUUUCUUCUGCAUAUGCGACACAGAAAGUGCCUCAUAACUUUCAAGGAUGUGAUGUAAAAUAUUCAACUGCUGAAACAUUAAUAUCCAUCACUGCAUACAUAAGUUGACAACAAAUAUUGUGCUCUGUUUUCUUAAUGCAAUACAGUUAUGUGACUGGCAAAGAAAAUAAAUGAUAUUGGUUGAAAUAAAA